UCCCAGCAUGCAUUGCGCGUAGUCGCAAACAUGCUGGGUAAAAUUAAUGGAGGAAGCUGUUAAUGGUCACAAACACGGGAUAAACUUCUUAUAUACAGAGUUAUUAUAAGAGAUACUGCACAUAUAAUAUCAACAUGGUAUUCUCCUGAAAUGUAACUCUUUUAAACAGUUAAAUACGGAAGCAAAACGGGGAAAACUACUGUUACUGUGAGGAGUGAUGUCGUUCCCUCAGCCCAAACCUCAGGCUCCUCAGCUCCCCCAACAUCUGCUCAGGACCAUCGACUGUCUGCAGGGAGCUGUGAGGGCCGUCCGCUUCAACGCUGAUGGGAACUACCUGCUGUCUUGUGGCAGUGACAAAUCUCUGAAGCUGUGGAGUGUGAGCCGCGGCACACUGCUGAAGACGUACAGCGGCCAUGGAUACGAGGUCCUGGACGCCGACGGUUCCUAUGACAACAGCAUGCUGUGCUCCUGCAGCUCUGAUAAGUCGUUGAUCCUGUGGGACGUCGCCACGGGCCAGGUCACACGCAAACUCAGAGGUCACGCUGGGAGAGUCAACUGUGUCCAGUUCAACGAGGAGGCCACUGUCAUCUUGUCUGGGUCCCUCGAUGGGACGGUUCGGUGCUGGGACACCAGGUCCAGAAGGUUCGAGCCCAUCCAGGUUCUAGACGAGGCGACGGACAGCGUCAGCAGCCUGAAGGUGGCACAGCACGAGCUGCUUACCGGGUCGGUGGACGGCAGAGUGAGGCGCUACGACCUCAGAAUGGGGCAGCUGCACGUUGACUUCAUCAGCAGUCCCAUCACAUGUGUGUGUUUCAGUCAGGACGGUCAGUGCACCCUGAGCUCCAGUCUGGAUUCAACGGUCAGACUGCUGGACAAGAGCACCGGGGAAAUGCUGGGAGAGUACACGGGACACAAGAUGAAGGGCUAUAAGCUGGACUGCUGCCUGUCCAGUAAAGACACCCACGUUCUGAGCUGCUCGGAGGACGGACACGUCUACUGCUGGGACCUGGUGGAGGGAUCUUUGUCCUUGAAGCUGCGGGUGGGGAAAGCCGUGGUCCAGUCGUUGUCCUUCCACCCGACGGAGACCUGCCUCCUCACCGCCAUGGAGGGGCAGGUCCAGGUGUGGGGGGCGGAGCCAGAGGAGACGGAGGAGGACGAGAUGGCCACAUAGAGAUGGUGAAAGUAGUGCCAAGAUACAUUCAACAUUUUUUUUAACAUACAGUCUGUAAUCAUCAGAACUUUAAAACCUCGUGGUGGCUGAAAACAUCUUACUCCCACGUUUUGUUUUUGUUAACAAAGUCUUUUGGAAGAAAUAGGAAUAAAUCACAAAGCAUGUGGGCAGCUCAACUUGAAUAAGAUCCUAACUGGAGUUUAUGUUCAUUUGUAAAUGGCAAAGGGAGAAAAAAUAUGUAUUUAGUUCAGAAAAGUGCUAAAUAGAUACGCAGCAGCCGAUCAGGUGCAGCCAGAUUGUCUGUCUCUUUAUGCAAAGAUUUAGUUCUCUAGAGAUGGAAGGAAAUGCUGAACAUACCAGCUGACACAGAUGUACACAUGCUCUGGAUGUGAAUCACAUGUAAGCAAAACAUAUAUUUUUGUACAAAACCCUUGA